AUUCCAAGCUUCACCCCGAAACCGAAUUUGGACAUCCAAUGCUCGAACGUUUCUAUCGACGAACAUCAGAUGGUAAAAUGGUGUUCAAUUCCUUCGUAAUCACUCAAUGUACUCCCACUAGUCGGAUCCCACCUGAUGCACGAGACGAUUCUGCCGCACAGAUACUUGGCAGGAGGAUUUAAGGAAUGCUGUCGUAGCAGAAUAUUGAACUGACCAGUGCGCCCUCCCCAUUUUUGAAACCUAGCAAACUAGAUAUGACAACUGUCGAUAACCAGCUUCAACCACUGCCACACCGCCCCGCUGUUCCGCCCAUUCAAGAGAAGUUGGAUUAUGCCGACCUUGCUGUCAUUGACCUGGCGAAGGCGGCUACUCCUGAGGGACGCGCAGAACUCGUUGUUCAGCUUUGCGACGCAAUGCGCGACGUAGGCUUUUUCUAUGUCAUAAACCAUGGUUACACUCAGGAACAGAACAAUCGUAUAUUUGACAUCGCGGAGGCCACUUUUGCCCAGGUCAGCGACGAGGAAAAACGCCGCUACGAAGGAAACCUGCCGGUAACCGGAACGUAUCAGGGCUACAAACUCCAGAACUACUGGGAAAUCGACAACGGCGUCAAGGACAAGGUCGAACAAUACAACGUCCAUCGUGACAGCUCGAAAAGGGAACAUCCGGAAUUCCUCCGCCCAUUUCUGCCAGAAAUCGAUGCGUUCUGUCAACACAGUCACUACAAUGUGGUUCAUCCGCUCUUGAGACUUUUGGCGACUGCAUUGGAGCUUCCGGAGGAUGCCCUUGCCCGCCUUCACAAUUUUGAUGGUGUUGGCGAAUCAGCAGUCCGGUUCAUGAAAUAUCAUCCCCGUACGCAGGAUGAGGAAGAGAAAACGAAGCAGACCUGGUUGAAAGGCCAUACUGAUAUCGGUUGUCUUUCGGUCCUGUGGUCGCAGCCGAUCUCCGGUCUUCAAGUUCUCUCUCCAGACGGCAAGUGGCGAUGGAUCAAACACAUUGAUAACGCAUUGGUGAUCAAUGCCGGCGAUACUUUGGAAUUCCUGUCCGGAGGUUAUUUCCGUGCGACCAUUCAUCGAGUCAUACAGCCGAUAGUGGAGCAGAGGAGUCUCGGUCGUCUUGCUGUCAUCUACUUCGCUAUGGCCGACGACCAUGUCAAGCUUACCCCUCUGAGCGAAAGUCCUGUCUUGCAGCGGAACGGUAUCAAAAGAAGGUUCAGCGAUGAGGACGCACCCACGAUGGAGGAUUGGAGAACGGGUAUUACGAAGGCGUAUGGUAAGACUCAGCUGAAGCAAACGGAGGAGGGUGUUCAAGAGGAACUUGUACACGGCGUUGUGGUCAAGCAUUUUUACUAGUGGGUCCUUGACAGCUUCGAUCUUCGCCCUGAUGCUAUAUCUUUCUCAAAUGAUCUUCCUCGUGUAACAUCAUAUCUUCCCCUGACGUAGGACCUUUCUGUUAUCAUCCUCUGCAGAAACGCGCUCAAACGUGGUUAUGUCGAUCAAUACUGUGUGUAUUACUAGAACAAAUGGGAACUUGGGAUCAAUAUCACCUCAAUCGUUGCGUUAAUAUCUCUCCAGUGCCCUUGCAAAUAUGUUAUGUGCAACGACGUCCGUUUGUCAAAACGUCCAAAUAUACACGUCAAUGGACCCUGGGUUUUCAGCGUGAAGUCCGUAAUACUACGAUGAGAAUAGCAGCUUCACGGCAUCCUGCUUCCAUAUAUCCACGAACCUGGGAGUCAGCUGCCCCAGAAGUGUACUUCUUACAAAUACAAACAAAUCACACCUGGAUCC